AGAACAAUAAUCUACAGUGUCAAUCAGGCACUCGCUGUAAACGGUCUUCACAAUAUUGCUCAAAUACUCGCGUUAGUAGCGCCAACAAUCGCGUUAUGAUAAUAUCAGGUUAAAACUGCAUCAAAAUGAUUCUUUUCAGUUUUCCAUUGUUUAUUGUCAUUGGCCUUGGUUUGUUGGCCGAUGUCGACGCGUCAUGUUCUCGUUUACCGUCCGGAAACUGCUGGGUGAACUGCAUGAUGGACAUCUUCGAUGUCAUCUGCAGCAACGUCACCGCCAAAAUGGUCCAGUCAGAUCUGCGUGUCUUCGCCGACACGUCGCAAGAGCUGCGCGUGUAUAUCUGGGAUUCACCGAAUAUCAACCGUCUCUCCAACGAAGUCUUCAAAUCCGUCACCAAUCAGAUCACGCAGUUAGAUUUCCAGGACCUAACAUCAUUGAGUACCUUCCCGGAACUUAAAGCCGUGCGCAACCUCAACCGCCUGAAUAUCUGGAACUCUCCGCUGAUCGAAAGUAUCGCGCUGGAACAGAUCCCACCGUCACUGCAGCGCCUCUCCUUGAACAAGAUGGGCGUCACGUUUCUGGAGGUGGACUUUUCGGAACUGAAAGCCCUGGCCAAUGUCGUCACCCUCCGUCUACGGAAUAUGACACUGCACGGCUGGCAGUCCAACUUCUUCGACACCUUUCCCAAUCUGGAGACACUAGAGAUUUCUAACAGUACCUUCAGUUUCCAGCAACGCUCCCAGCAGUUUAAUAUUAAAAAUUUAAAGGAGCUGGUUUUGCACACGAACACUUUCAUGGGCAAUGAUACGGUGAAAUCCGGUAUUCUGCUGAACCUUCUCUCGUCCGUGUCUUUCCAACCCAGUUCCUCCUUGAUCAUCGAGAACGACAAUGUCACCAUUGACACGGAUUUGGCGCUGACAAUUCAGAAGAAAACCUCUUUGCAGAAGAUCGUUCUACGCGGCAAUCCUAUUACAGCAGAUGCAAAGGUCAUUCAGCACUGGUACCAGAGUUUUCCGGAUGUGCGCCUUAUCGAUCUGGGUGAGACGGCCAUCCAGCCCGUAGAAGGAUUACUCGGCGAUAUGCCCUUACUGCAAAGCGUCCUCAUCGAUCGUAAUAACAUUACGACGUUUGCCGGGCACCGUAUCUUCCAAGGGUCACGUUCGAAGAUGUUGGAUUAUGUCGACUUGUCGUACAACGGUCUGACGGAUCUUCCGCUCGCGGGACCGCUCGUUGACAUUGCCGACACCAUCACCCGGUUGAAUCUGCGCGGGAAUAAUAUGCAGUUUUUCAAUAAUGACACCGUCAGCGAUGAAGCACGCUCGGUGCUCAAGAAAUUCAUCAGCUUGAAAUCGUUAGAUCUAUCGCGGAAUGGGUUUAGUAAGUUCUAUGGAAACCGGCUGACUUUGCCGGCACUGGAGACACUGGAUCUCAGCUGCAACAAUUUCACCAAUGUCACCCGGUCGUUUUUUGACGGAUUUCCCAAGAGCCUCACGACGCUGUACUUUGAUUUCUGCGAUCCGGACUGGCCGCCCCACUUCGAGGUGGGGGCGUUUGCUGAGUUGACCAACAUUCGCACACUGAGUAUACGCAAUGGCAGUUUACGCAAGUGGAUCUUCACGGUGUUGGCCAAAGCCGGUAAUGCACUGACGGAAUUACGAGAGCUCUAUCUGGAUGAAAAUGAUUUUGCCUUUAUCCGCAACGACACCAUACCGGAAAUGAAAAACCUGAGAGUAUUACGGUUGAGCCGAAAUAAAUUGCAGUCGAUUCCUGUUAAUGCCUUCAAGAACGUGGAAAAACUGGAAGAAUUGUAUCUGAGUGCCAAUCGUAUCACAACCAUCAGCACAACGCAGUUUGGAGCCAGGACGACACAACUACAAAACCUUAAGGUACUAGACUUGUCCCACAACGGUAUCUACAGCAUCGCUCCUGGAGCCUUCGACGGCCUGAAGUCUCUCACCAGUCUGAUGAUCGGCUGGAACCACGCUCCGCUCAGUCCUAACCUCUUCGGCACGGACUCUCCCAAGUUCCUCAAGUAUCUGGGCGUUCAAAAUUACGACCACGGGUGUCUCCCACCCGAAUUCUUUGUCAACCUGGCAAAUCUGAGCUGGCUCUUCCCGGAUGACUAUAACUUCUUGUCACUGAAUCCCGACGGGAAUAAACUGAAGGAGUACGAUCCGUACCUGGUGAAAACCCUGCCAACUUGCGAAGGCGGUCAGGUCAUACCGGAUCACGAGUUCUAUCCUGGACUAGGGAACUUUGUCAGUGUGACGAUUCGGGAUGCGGAUGAGCCGACGAUAGCCAACAGUCCGCCGUAUCCCAUUAUGGUGGCCUUUGUACCGUUGAACUACUGUCCCGAGGACGAUUAUAUCAAGAGUGUCGGGGGAUUGGUUUGUGGAGAUGCCGAUGUUAUGCAGAGUUUCGACGAUAAUGGCGCUUCUGGCCAGUCAAAGAAGUCAUAGAUAUAAAAGAUCUAAACAAAUUGGGUAGAAUUGCAUUGCAACGAUGUGAUUACGAAAUAAGAAAGCGCCUUCUUGGGUGUAUUUACUUCAACGGGUGAACCAAAUUAGGUAUACUGUAGCCGUUCGCACUCCAUAAAUGCUCGAACAUGCAUAAAAAGUAAGUUUAAAGCAAUUAAAACACAGUAAAAGUGUUAUUCAAACUUUAUAUCAGUGAAGUGCCUUUUUCUGCGUACCGUUUAUUACUCAAUCAUUCAGCUCUAAAU